CUUCAUUUUAUAAGACAUCGACUUUCCUUGAAGCUUCAUUAUUCUUACAGUUGCGCUUUACAUUGUUUUUCCUCAUCACCUAAUACGCGGAAGGAUAAAACUUCAACCUGGAGGAGAAAAAUAAGACACUGUAAGAGAAAAUACUACAAAGGAAAGCCAGGAUGUCCAAGUCUUUAGCCAACACCAACACGGGACCUUUUGUUAAAGUCUCGACAAAAAUAUAUAUCCAUUUGCCCCCAUGCUUUGCUACCAAGCCGAUCGAGGGUAUUCAGGAACAAUUGAAUGGAUUUCUUAUGAGAUAUAUGCCUCAGGUAGAUGGCGUUGUGCUAGCACAUUCAGAUCUGGAGCUACUACAAUCAGCAGGAAAAAUUAUGUAUGAUUCACCUUACUGUCACUUCUGGAUCUCGGUUAAGCUUUUGGUUUGGAAACCUAUCAAAGGGAGUAUCCUUCACGGAACAAUUAAUCUGCAAUCACCUGAUCAUAUCGGUCUGGUACUUUAUGGCACAUUUAAUGCCUCGAUCCCUUCCGAGUUUAUUCCCAAGGAUAAAUAUGAAUUUAAUCCCAACAGCAGUUACAACCACCAUAUCAAACAGCAGCCGCAAGGAGAGGAUGCAAACCAAGGCGAGGAUUCUUUAGCUUCUGCUACUGGACUAUUGAACGGAGAAUGGGUCUUGAAGAGCACAGGCGAGAGCAUUGGACACGAUGGUGUUAUUGAAUUUGAAGUUGCAGACUUGGUCAGGACGAACGAUAUGCUGGCAGUAACGGGAUCUUUGAUGGGUGUACCUGUAACAAUGCGUCGUCCAUCCAUGAUGAUCAAACCUUCGACUUCUUCUGCUAUUUCAUUUUCAGGGAAGGCUAAAGGGGCCUUGUCAGAUCCUGUACAAAAGAAAAGAUCAGCACCGGAGGACGAAGAAUCUACAGCCCAAGAGACAGAUCUCAAGAGGAUAAAGAAGGAAAAGAAGGAGAAGAAGAAGAAGAACAAGGAAGGCGAGAGUGAGGAGAAGGAGAAGAAGGAGAAGAAAGAGAAGAAAGAGAAGAAGGAAAAGAAGGAAAAGAAAGUGAAAAAGGUUGAUUCAUAGGACAUUAGCAUUUUUUUUGUUUUAUUUUAUUAUUCAUCUUAGAAACACAACUUAUCCGCAUCUUCCCAUUAUUAUUAUCACCACUAUUUUUUUUUUCUUCAUAUAAACAUUUCAGCAUUGCACUUCCUACUAAGGC